AUGGCGUCGCUGAGGGACCAAAGGCGUGAAGCCAAAAGGUCCCUGCAGCGAGCCAUCGGUGACGCCAAGGCCAGGGCUUGGGAAGAGCUGGUCAAGACUGUAGACCGUGACCCGUGGGGGCGCCCCUAUCUCAUCGUGAGAAACAAGUUUAGGAAGGCGGGCGCUCCUCUCACGGAAAGUCUUGACCGGCGGUUCUUCGAGACAGUGGUCAUAACCCUGUUCCCUCCGGGUGCGGGGGAGGUGGCCCAUCUCGGCGUGCCCCCUCCACCGGUACCCGAUCGGGGAACGCGCGCAAGGAGUACUGGUGGACAGCCUCCGACACUUGUUCGGAAAGUGUCUGAAGGCUGGGCGGUUCCCCACCGCGUGGAAGGAGGCAAGAAUGGUGAUCCUCCGGAAGAAGGGCAAGCCCGAGGGAUCGCCCUCGGCCUACCGCCCCAUCUGCCUACUCAACGAGGCGAGCAAAAUGCUGGAGCGCAUUAUAGCUGCCCGCCUCCGAGAGCACCUGUCUCAGGAGGGCCCCGAUUUGGCCGACUGCCAGUUCGGAUUCCAGGAGGGCGAUCUACCGUCGAUGCUAUUCGACGGGUCCGUGCCCUCUCGGAUGAGGCUGUCUCCCGCGGAAGAGUGGUGUUGGCUGUGUCACUGGACAUAGCCAACGCCUUCAACACUCUUCCGUGGGAGUGUAUACGUCAGGCACUCCGAUUUCAUCGGGUGCCUGCGUAUUUGCAGAAAUCGGUCCUAGGACGGCUCCUGUGGAACCUCGGAUACAAUUGGGUCCUCCGGGUCGCCCUCCUCACCGGGCUGGGUCUAGUGUGUUACGCCGAUGACACACUACUCCUGGCCUGGGGGGAAGAUUGGAGGAGCACCGUUCGCCUCGCCGAGGUCGGGGUGGAGCUUCUGGUGGGUCGCAUACGGAUGCAGGGCUUACGCGUGGCCCCCCAAAAGACCGAGGUUAUCUGGUUUGCCGGACCUCGGGCAAGGGGACCACCGCGCGGGGCCCAGCUUGCCGUAGAGGGAGUCCGAGUCCCAAUUGGGACCCAGAUGAAAUAUCUGGGUCUCAUCCUCGACAGCAAAUGGAGUUUUGUGCCGCACUUCCUGCGGUUAAUCCCUCGAGUGCGCGUAGUGUCUGCCAGUCUCGGCAGGCUGACGCCCAAUCUCGGGGGACCUGGUGGAGGAGCUCGCCGCCUGUACCUCGGCGUGGUCCUGUCAAUAGCGUUGUAUGGCGCCCCCGUGUGGUACGCCGAUGUGGUGGCCAGCCAUCGCUUAAAAGACCUCUUACAGAGCUCUCAGCGCGGGCUGGUCGUCCGUGCCGCACGGGGUUACCGGACCAUCGCCACUGUGGCGGCGAUGCUAGUGGCCGGGGCGCUCCCGUGGGUGCUCGAGGCGCGCGUGUCCGCACAUGCGUACAAAGAGAAGCGUGCGCGUCUCCGGGUCCCCGGCUCCCUGGACACACAAAGAGCAGGAGGUGUGGCGCCUCCAAAAAAGGAGGUGCGCUGUCGAGGAUUGGAACGAGGGCCUGUCCCUAGAUGGGCCGGGCUCUCGCGUCGUCGGCGCCAUCGGGCCCGUUUUGAAAGAAGUGGGCCGGCGAUGCUUCGGAUCCCUCACAUACAGGUUGGGGCAGGUGCUCACCGGGCAUGGUUGCUUCGGAAGAGGGAAUUGGAGGAGGAGGGAGGUGAAGAGGAGAUAAGUCAAACAGGAAGGGAGGAAGAGCUGGAGUUGUUCAGCAAAAGUAAAAAGACGCCGAGAUCACCGUGUAAGGAGGGAGAGGGAUUAAUGAUGAUGGGAAUGGUAAAGAAAUGGAUGGAAGAGCUCAAGGGAAAAUGGGAGAGGAUGGAGGAGAGAAUGGAGGAUAGGAUGACAGUAUUAAUGGUAGAGCUGGAAAAUAUGAUGAAGAGGGAGGAGGCUUGGGGGGAGGAGAAGAAGAGGAUGGAAAAAAGAAUAGGAGAGUUGGAGAAAAAAGGGGAGAAAGGACAGGGGCAGGAGGGGAGAAGGCAAAAGAUAGAGGAGCUAGAGAGAAGAUUGAAAAGAUUGGAAUGCGGAGGAGGGGAAGAGAGAGGAAGAGGAGAUACAGGAAGGGCGGAGAUAGAAGAAAGGGUGAGAAAACUGGAAAGAACAGGGGAAAGGGAGGAGAGAUUGAGGAGGAGAAGGAACGUGGUGGUGAAAGGCGUUAAGGGGGAGGAGGGGGACGUGGGGGGAGAAUUAGGGAAAUAUUUAGACAGAUAG